CUCGAUUCGACCCGAUUUCUGACGGAUCAUCGUGACGUGUCCAGGGGUGUUGCUAGUAACGGGCAAACGUGCUUUGACGCUUUAUAAUCAAACUAACGAUUUAUGAACUUCAAAUAGAAAUUGCUUACGGUUCUCUCUCUUCCCCAACUCCGCUAUCUCCGCCGCUGACUAGAUCUUCUCCGGCGAAAAUGGAUUUGUGCCCUUCUGUAAAGAACAUACUUCUUCUCGAUUCGGAAGGCAAACGUAUUGCGGCCAAGUACUUUUCAGAUGACUGGCCUACCAAUACUGUGAAGGAAGCUUUUGAGAAGGCAUUAUUUACCAAGACUCAUAAGACGAAUGCUCGGACUGAAGCGGAGAUAACAAUGUUUGAGAACAACAUUGUUGUCUACAAAUUUGUUCAAGAUGUACACUUUUAUGUCACUGGUGGUGAAGAUGAGAAUGAGGUCAUUUUAGCCUCUGUUCUUCAGGGAUUCUUUGAUGCUGUUGACAUUCUACUUAGGGCUAAUGUUGAUAAGAGGGAGGCACUGGAAAACCUGGAUCUCAUACUUUUGUGCAUUGAUGAAAUUGUUGAUGGCGGUAUUGUUCUUGAAACAGAUGCCAACACUAUUGCUAAUAAAGUUGCAAGUCACAGUGUGGAUUCUGGAGCACCGCUCUCCGAACAGACAAUUACUCAAGCACUGGCGACUGCCCGUGAACAUCUUACUAGAUCCCUUCUGAAGUGACAAUUUCCUGGAUUAACCUACAAAUGAAGUACUUACAAAAGAAUAAGAAAUAGCAUCUCCUACUGAACUUGUCGUGAAGCUUUUGUCUUACCGAACUGAAUAUGUAGCUAAAUUCGAAUUUCUUCAAUUUCAUCCUAACAAAAUUGAGAACCAUUGUUCAAUGACAGCCUCAGAGUAAUAGCUUGUUCUUCUGUUUGCAUUCAAUUCCUAGCUUUGUAUUCUGCUACUGAUUUGUCCUAGUUCGUGUAUGUGUGAAACUUCGUAAUCUCUUACAUUUUACCUAUCUUAGUAAAAUAUGGCAAGAAAGAGUGUGGAUUCUA